AACUUAUUGAACUGCAAGUAAUCUUCCAUCCAAUUUUCACCCCAAAAACAAAACAAAAAAAAGUAACCUUCUAUCCAAUUUUCAUUUCAUUUCUCAUUAUGGCUUCAUCUCACCAGAAGCUAUCACCAUUUAUUUCGUGGGUUAGAAACUUAGAAAAGAACACAGAGCAAAAGAUAAAAUGGCAGCAACGACAAGCUGCUUCAAGCAUGGAAUCCCUGUCUUGGCCAGUCCUCAGCAGAACCACCCACCGAGCCACAACUGCAUGGUAAAUGUAAAGAUGGUGGGUAAGAGGGACAUGAUGUUGAUGGGAGCGAGAGGAGGAUAUGAAAAUGGCAAGAUUUCCAAGAGGUUUGGCAUGGUGAGGUGUAGCGGGAUCGGGAUAGGGGACUUCAUUGGUGGAGAUUUGUUGAGACCUGAUUUGGGUCAAUGGCUUUCCGAUGUAGAAGAGCAUAAGGCUCUUGCCAUUUACAGUCCACAUGAGGGAGGCUAUGAGGGUCGAUACCUGAACCGUCUCAGAUACCAAGGCUACUACUUCCUAGACCUCACCGCCCGGGGUCUUGGCGAUCCUGAGACCACCCUCACCAAGAUUCACCCUGUUUGCCCUGCUCAUGUGGGCAAGCAGCCAAUAGCAAGGUGGUAUUUUCCACCAGAGGUUGAUUACAGACUGGAUGCAUUGCCUCCGAAUGCCAAAGGCCUUGUGGUCUGGAUUAUUGAAGCCAAGGUUCUGUCCAAGUCUGAAUUACAGUUUCUUGCUUUACUUCCGACUCUCAGGCCAAAAGUCCGGGUCAUUGCUGAGUGCGGAAACUGGAGAAAAUUCAUGUGGAAGCCACUUAAAGAAAUUGCUGGACUAGCUGCUAAUGAGGGGGCAUGAGAACAACCGUGUGCAAUAGCAGACCAGAAGUCCACAGUUUUUAUGGUCACCACAUAUGCUGAGGCUGUUCUCCCCUGACGGUUUCUAAGCUGUACUGCAGAGGAGAAGCAAAUCCAUAGAAAACAAAACGGGCCAAAUAUUUACAAUAAGAAUUGUCUAAAGUAACUGCAUUAUAUUGAAUUGUUGGAAGUACAUAACAGUUCUCCUGUCUAAAAUUACUACUUUUUUUAACCAUGUAACAACACAGUCCCACCGCCUUGUAUAUUAUUGUUUGUAUCUUUGAAUUGAUAAGUUAAAGAGAGGAGCUUUCAUUA